CAUCAGCAGCCAAUGACGGAUGCUCCACGAUGAAUUGAUCAUGUCCAGAAGAUUUUAGCUACAGUAUCUAUAUAUAAACCCGUAAAGUUUAGGCCUUGAGGCAAACCAGUCUCCUCCUGAGUUUCAGCUCUCAAACUAGUUGCUGCUAUGGCCUUUCAAGUGCAGCCUCCACAUUUCAUAUUGAUUCCUUUCAUGGCCCAAGGUCACUUGCUCCCUGUGAUAGAUAUUGCCAGAUUGUUGGCAAGGCGUGGAGUUAUCAUAACCAUUUUCACUACACCUGUAAAUGCCAAGAGAUUUGAAUCAAUAGUUGCACGAGAAGUAGAUGCCGGACUGCAAAUCCGCGUCAUCAAACUUGAUUUUCCAUCCGCAGAAGCAGGGCUACCAGACGGAUGCGAGUGUUUUGAUAUGCUCCCUUCCAUAGAGUCCGGUAUCAAUUUCUUUGCGGCUGCCAGAAUGCUACGACCAUCAGUUGAACAAUGGCUUAGUGAGCUGAAACCGUCCCCGAGUUGCAUACUUUCUGAUAUGUGCCAUCCAUGGACAAGUCAAGUUGCACGGAAGUUUCAGGUUCCAAGGCUUGUUUUCCAUGGGUUUUGCUGCUUCUCCCUCCUCUGCUCGCACAAUUUGACAAAUUCCGAGGAUCUUGACAACGUAACUUCUGAUGCAGAGUACUUCACGGUGCCUGAUUUGCCUGACCACAUCGAACUGACCAAAGCUCAGGUUGUAGGCCUUGUCAAACCAAUCAUCCCAGAAUGGGCAGAAAUUCAGGAACAAAUAAGAGAAACAGAAAAGGAAGCAUAUGGAGUUGUGGUCAAUACCUUUGAAGAGUUGGAGCUUGAUUAUGUUAGACAGUAUAAAAAGGCGAAAGGUAAAGGUGUCUGGUGCAUUGGCCCUGUUUCCCUGUGCAACAAAGAGAAUUUGGAUAAAGCUGAAAGAGGAAACAAGGCUUCCAUUAAUGAACACCAGUGCAUGAAAUGGCUAGACACAUGGGAGCCAGAGUCCGUAAUCUAUGCCUGUUUGGGAAGCAUUACCCGGUUGGCAACUUCACAAUUGAUUGAACUUGGACUAGGCCUAGAAUCAUCAGGUCGACCUUUUGUCUGGGUCACUAGAGACGCAUCCGAUGAAUUUCGGAAAUGGCUUGUUGAAGAAAAGUUUGAAGAAAGGACCGAGGGCAGAGGGCUUUUAAUCCAUGGUUGGGCGCCACAAGUUCUCAUCCUGUCUCACCCAUCAAUCGGAGGGUUCUUAACACAUUGCGGGUGGAACUCAACUAUAGAAGGGAUAAGCUCAGGUGCGCCAAUGAUCACAUGGCGACUGUUCGCUGAGCAGUUCGUCAAUGAGAAGCUAGUAUUAUAUGUACUGAAAACUGGAGUCAAGGCUGGAGUGGAGUCUCCUGUUUACAUAGGACAUGAAGAAGACGUGGGAGUGCAGGUGACAAGAGAUAACACAAAGACUGCUAUUGAAGCGUUGAUGGAUCAAGGGGAGGAAGGGCAGAUGAGAAGAAAGCGAGCCGCAGAACUGAAAAAGAUGGCAAGGAAGGCAGCAGAUGAAGGUGGUUCCUCACACCUCAACAUUGAACAGCUAAUCAAAGACAUCAUGGAGAAAGUUCACACUAAGAGCAUUACAGAUGAUUCUUAGAAUUACGUAUUUAACAUGCAUGUAAUCGUGGUUUUUUCUCCUUAUACCAUCAAGAGCAUAUCUUAUGAGCUGUCUUUUUAGUUGAUCCUUUUUUUUCAAUAUAUAUAAAUGUU